AUGGAUGAAGACGUAAUUGUCGUCGACGACGAGUUGGGACCUUCCUCCGUCAGUGAAGCGUCUCUCCAUACACCUGUUAAUCCACACAGAACUCGUCCUAUGCGAGCUGCUGCUGAACAAGCCAUGGUCAACACAUCGAGAAUCCAAGGCACACCCGGGCUGGAAUCAGAAAGGACAACCCGCUCUGCAGCUGCAAAGUUUCGUCCGCAACCCAAGCUCAAGUUCAAACUGAGCGACAAGGCUGCAUCACAAGCGCCAUGCUCCUCCUUCCUUGGACCUUACGACCGGGAGCUUGACUCUGAUGACGAGGACCUCGCCUUCGAAGAACAGUUCAUUAUACGGAUGCCUCCUGGGGAAGACUGCGAAAAGCUCCGAAAAAUGGUCGCUUCGAGAGAGGUGGCGGACAGUGUUUGGUUCAAGUUCAAAGAUUCUCGACGUGGGAUCUUCCACAUUGGAAAUUCUUACUACUCGUUCAAGCUGGUCGACCUCCCCUGUAUCAUCGAAGCCCAGAAGACACUAGACAGUAAACAGAUGUUUAAGGUCGCAGACAUCUGUCAGAUGAUGGUCGUAGAAUAUCGAAUAGGUGGCGAGGAUACGUUCAAUUUGAGUAAGAACAUCAAUGUGGAUGAGUUCAUUUGGCCACACGGAAUUACACCCCCUUUACAUCAUGCAAGAAAACGGCGAUUUCGGAAGAGAGUGAACAAGAGAACUAUAGAAAGUGUCGAGGAAGAAGUCGAGCGGCUACUAGCAGAGGAUGGUUUAGCUGCCGAGGUUCAGUACGACGUUCUUGAGAAUGUGAACCCAGACCUAUCGGACUCUGAGUUUAUCGACCGUGACGAAAGGGCAGGAGAUCCGGGUAUCGCUGGUUCUGAUGCAGGAGACGCACCAACACCCGGGCCUGAUGCUGGCGACGGAGAUGCUGACGAAGGCGAGGAGGAUGAAGGGGACGGUGAGAUAGACGAAGAUCUUGCAGCUGAGCUUGACUUGGCACUGGGAGAUGAUGAAAACGAGAGUGGGGACGAGGAAGAAGAGGACGACGAGGACGAAAGUGAAGAAGAAGAAGAAGGCGAGGACGAUGACGAUGAGGCUGUCCAAUCGAGAAAGCUGCUCAACGAGGAGAUCCGAGACUUACAAGCAGCUGUGGCCAAGAAGGGGAGUGAGAUAGCAAGCUCAGCUAAUCCGCUUAUCAAAAAACGUUUUGAGGACGCGCUGAAGAAACUACAAGCCGACCUAGACAUGAAGCUCCUUCAGAGAGAAGAGAUGAAAGAGCGGCAGCAACGGAAGAAGGAAAGCGGGGGCGAUCCUGAUACGGAUGCUGAAGGUGUAGGUACGAAGCCUAGUUCCCAUGAGGUCGGUGACGACUUGUUUGGUGUAGACGGCGAGGAUGCAAUGGAAGUAGGAUGA